ACUAGUGGCGCAUCAGAGGUCAGCAGUGUGGUCUCCGAAAUUCGCCGUGAUCUAGCCGGCGGGCCAGACGGCGGCGGCGGUGGUGGUGGUGGCGAUUCUCAAGUGCCGGAUGACAGCGCAGGCGUCUUCGAGGCUGACGAGGAUGAGGAGGAGGAGGAUGACGGCGAGGGUGAAAGGAUUUAUCGUCAGCGAGACACAGACUUUCCGGAUGACACCAUGGACUUGGGCGCCUAG